AUGCAGACCGACGUUGGGAGUAAAUGCGUGACUUUACCUUUGCAACGAUCGUCUAAUAAGUCCAGCUCCCCAUCAUUUCAUUGUGGCGAAUGUUACCUCGGCAUUCGUAUUUGCAUAGUUGUCUCCGACCCAACGCGGGGAACUUCCUUCUAUCCAUCCUUGGCCAUGCCAUCGGUAAUGUACCACCAACAAGAUAUUCGGAUAAACCCAAAAAAUAUUUCUUCGUUGCUUCAUCACUUCACUUUUUUUCUUCUUUACGUGGUGACUGCUUCAAACGAAUUGUAUGGUUGUAUCAAGCUAGCAGACAAGGGCUGGCUCCACUACAAACCUUCAUCCAUCCAUCCAUUUUACAACCUCCAACGGGAGACAUCAGAUGGACAUUCUAUCACCGACAAAGCACAACACGUUGAAUUGGCCAUGCCCCCAGGUAAAGAAAAGAUGCGGACAGGAGCAGUUGCAUUCUGUCAGGCUUUUGUUGAUGCACUUUCUCCUGAUAUCAUCUUGUCUACGCAUUUCGCAUCAGAACCGUGA